ACCCAAUUGUCAAGAAACAGGAAUUGUCCGUAUACGGCCCAAGUGCGUGAGCGCGCGCGUCUCCCGUACGUCCGCGCGUUGUGUGUUGCGCGCGUGAGCGUACGCGUGUGUGCGCGCACGCGUGCGUGAGUGUGCGCGCGUGUGUGUGAGUGUGUAGCGGCGGCGGUGGGAACGGCAGCCAAGAUGGCGGCGCUGAAAGAGGAGCGGAGCUACGGGCUGUCCUGUGGAAGAGUAAGCAACGGCAGCAAUGUCUCCGUUUUCCACGUCAAACUCACUGACAGCGCGCUGAGAGCCUUCGAGGGUUACCGCGGCGGCAAGGUCCUGUCAUCACAACCAUUGAUCACAUUUAAUGGAAACCAAGGGAAAAUUUCAAUACCACGGUCGGAAAAUUCCAAUGAACUGCACACGUUUACUUUCUACCUGUCCAACGUGGGCAGAGACAAUCCGCAGGGCAGCUUUGACUGCAUCCAGCAAUACAUCACCAGCGAGGGUAGUAUUCAGCUGGACUGCUUGGGUGCCAUCCAAGACAAGAUUACUGUAUGUGCCACAGACGACUCUUACCAGAAGGCUCGAGAAAGCAUGGCCCAGGUCGAGGAAGAGACGCGCAGCAGGGGCGCCAUUGUCAUCAAGCCCGGCGGCAGAUUUGUCGGCAAAAGGGUUCAGAUCCGGAAACCGGCAUCGGCCCUGUCCGACGUGGCCCCCUCGCGCAGGACCUCUCGGCCCGUCAUCAUCUCCAGCAGCGCAGUCAAGAAAGCGAGCGCUCAGCACAGGCCGCUCCGAGAGCGCCUGGUGCACCUGCUGGCCCUCAAGCCUUACAAGAAGCCCGAGCUGCUCCUGAGGUUGCAGAAAGACGGCCUCUUGCAGUCUGACAAAGACUCCCUGGACAGCCACCUGCAACAGGUGGCAAACUUGAAUGGGAAAGAUAAUACCCUCACAUUGAAAGACUGCUUAUAUAAGGAAGUUCAUAAAGACUGGCCCGGAUACACGGAAGGAGACCAGCAGCUUCUUAAGAGAAUCUUAUUCAGGAAGCAGUGCCAGUCUCAGAACAAUGCCCCUCCUCCGCCAGAGAGCCCGCCCAAGGAUUUAGUCAGCAGUUCACCGUCACAGAAACGCCCAGCUGUAGACUUCAUCGGCCCCUUGGCCAAUAAGAAGCCAAGGAUAUCGCACCUUGCCAGCAAAGCUGCACCAAGUCCUAACAAUGGCAAAGUCAGCUCAUCCAACGGCAAAACAGAGGCGGGCGGAGCGCAGGCAGGACUCGGAGCUCACCUGUCAGACAGCGCCCUGACAUCCAGCUCCCAGCCCCUCGCCAUGCUAGAUAUCCCCCGACCGUUUGAAGCGCUAUCAGACGUCAGCAACGACUCGAGCCACAACGGCAGAGACUGCGACGCCCAGGAAACGAUAGCAGAGAGGCUUUCCCAUGCGCCUUCGCUUCCUCCAGGCACGACCGCGCGCCCCGCCAGCGCGUCCCCAACUCCGCUUCCACGUGACCGGAGUCCGGCAGCCGCCACCGGUAGCAAAAAGCCCAAGAAGAAAUCCAAGAAGCAUAAAGACAAGGAGAAGAAAGAUAAGGGGAAAGCCAAAGGCCAAGAAGAGAAGGAAAGGAAAAGUCCACACUCUGUUGCUGAGCCUGUUGGGACCUGUGAGAUGUGCCCAGAAAACCUCAAAAGCAGCAGUAUUUCACACAAAAGCACAACUCUGAACGGGAUGUGCAACAGUGCCAGUAUUUCAUCGUCACCGGAGGUGGCCGACUACUUAUUGAAGUACACGGUGAUCACGUCUCCAGAGCAGCGUCAGAGGUAUAAAAACGACUUCAACUCGGAGUACAGCGAGUACCGCGGUCUGCACGCUCGCAUCGAAAGCAUCACCAGGCACUUCUCCGAGCUGGACAAUGAGCUGAAGAAGUUGCAACAAGGCACAGAGAAGUACAAGACAAUCCACAAUCAGAUACUCCAAGAGUAUCAUAACAUUAAAAAGAUCAAUCCCCAUUAUAGCCAAGAGAAGAACCGCUGUGAAUAUCUGCACAACAAACUGGCACAUAUCAAAAGAGUCAUCGGCGAGUACGAUCAACAGCAACUCUGAAAGUAAAAAUACUUAUUUGGAUGAGGAAAAAGGAGGAAAAAAACUCUGGAACUUUUUUUUUUUUUUUUUUUUUUUGCGUUUGGACAAGGAUGCUCUCAUUCAGGCCAAAGGCUCUCAGAAGAUGACUCGAACAAGGACGCGGAUUCUUUGUCCUCUCUUUACUUUACAUUGUGGAAGAUGUCGCUGCCAGGCCUCUUGAGGCUGGGUUUCUCUCUCUCUCUCUCUCUCUCUCUCUCUCUCUCUCUCUCUCUCUCUCUCUUUCUCUCUCUCUCUCACUCUCUCUCUCAGCUUCUUCUCGUGAGAUGUGAAAGAAUCAGGGAAUUAAAAAAAAGAAAGAAGAAGAAAAAAUCACCUCUUUCCAAGGAGAUGUCUGUCCUGCUUUUGAGACUGGGAAGUGCAGGCCAAUUAUUUGUUUUAAGUUAGGAAAAAAAACAAAUGAAAGUCUUCCCCGCCUUAUCUAUAUUGAGAUGUAUUUAUUUUCACAGCCUCAAAGUGAUGGGGGAAUAUCAGCGCUUUUUCAAGGCCAUCGCUCCACAUUUUGAACGCCAGCCAGUAUUUUAUUCAGAAGCUGCCUUUUGCCCUUCAUUCUUCUUCAUCUCUCUUUAAAGGGAGCACGCAUAGGUCGAUAGAGCCGCACAUCAUGCUUUCAGGAAAUGCUUUCCAGCACUGAGGCUUGUUGUCUCACUACUCAUUAUGUUUGAGAAGAGCCGCUCAAAUGCUGGUGGCCAACAGAGAGAAUCUGAUCCGAUUUAAAAAAUAAAAUAAAAAAAGCUAUCGAACCUCUUUUGGAAAACAUUGAAUCCACAAAUUCUCCACUGACAAAAAGUUCUGUCUCAUUUCAGGAUGAACCUUGAAAUUCACUCUAUGCUUUACAAGUCAAUCCUCUAAAGUUUCCAGUCAUGCAUUUCAGUACUUUUUGCACAACUGUUCUCUAGUAAGGAGCUAACAUUUUCAAGGAUGUCCACUGUUAUUCCUUUCUGUUACUCUUCCAGUCUUUUUGUGUCUGUCCAGGAAACCUGCUGAUAACACUCUAAAACUCGGUGAACGCAUCCUUUUGAGAAGGUUGUGUCAUUUGUAUUCCAAGGACGUCCAUUUGUUUUGCCUUUCUGUUACUCUUCCAGUCUUUCUGCAUCUCUCAUGUAACCUGCUGACAACACUCUAAACUCGGUGGCCAUGAGAGUUGUUCAAAAAGUUCUGAAACGGCUGACGCGCGUUGAAGUUUCACGGCCAAUUAUUUCCGCUCCUUUGUCACGAUUGUAGUGUAUUUUAGGUUCAUCCUGAAAAUUCACCCAACAACAUUUUGUGAAUAGCAUAUAUCAUCACAAUUACUCAUUCCCUAUGGCAGAUCUCCAUUUCGGGUCACGUUGCGUCCGCACGACUGUUAACAUGAAGCCAUCCUCCUCUGCGACAGAUUUUUACCCUUGACCACUUUUUGCCUUUUCCACCCCAUCCACCCAAAAAACUUGAUGUCAGACAAGCUCGCGGGAGAGCAAGUCCAGUUCAUCAGUCAGCAUACAGCAAAAGGUGAUCAUUUACGUAAGGGCUGAGAAACUACAGCCCAUGCGGUCAAGAAAAUGAAGGGAAAAAAUGGAGGAACUAUGAUAGGAAACCCACAAAUGCUCACUUGUUUUGACAUAAAUUAAAUGUAAAGGCCCUCUGAUAGGAAAAGAUCCCCUGCUUUAUGUGAAGAUGACAAAUCAGCACUUUUCCCCCCUCCUUCACCUUGCUGUUAUCUGUGAGGGUGUUUUUGUUCGUCUUUUUUGUCCAAGUGAUGUUUUUUUUGGGAGGCGGGGGGCGCAUGCUUUCCGAAUGAACAGUCUUUUAACUGGAGCAAAGCGUUCGGGUUGACAUCCAAUUGUAAUUCGGGUUACAAUCCAAGCUCCGCUCCAGUGUGAUCAAUUGAACUUGUGUUUCGGAUUUUUUUUCUCUCUUCUUCCUUCAGUGCUUUCCCCAUCAGAGAAUUUUCAGCACUGUUUCUGUUUGCGUACAGACCUGCACCGAUUUCAAUGUAAAUCCAUUAUGAGUGAAUAUUCAGCCACGCAGGAGUGAUUGUGCCAAAAGGACCUUGUUGUAUAUGUUCUUUUUUUUUUUUCCCCUCAGCCCUCUUGUCUCGCUGAUGUACAAACAAAAGGAAAAAAAACCUAGUGGGUGGAGGAGGGGGUGCUGGGGUCACUCAGGAGGUAGAUGAGUCUGGAAAUGUCAGCGCUUAAAACCCAAAGUACGCUUUUUGAAAAACCAUAAGGGACUGGGACUGAAAAUGAAAAUCUUUUGUUUCAAUAAAAAUUCUUUCAAAUCCUGAGAA